AUGGCACAGUAUUACGGCUGGUAUUCGGACACCGGUUACACACAAGUGAUUGACUUGCAAUUGACCACUAAUUUACGGCAAUGGCAUAAAACGUUUGCCAAACCCCUCAUGAUCUCGGAGUUUGAGUCGGAGUUUAUGAUGGAGUAUCACAAGUCAUUUGAUAAGCUAAUAGCCGAGGGUUACUUUGUGGGCGAACACAUCUGGAACUUUGCCGACUUCAUGACCCACCAGAACCAGGGUAAUAGUGGCGCAGGUUUAAUGAUCGGCAAAUGGAAGGGCAAAUUCACCCAAAGCCGGUGCCCGUGUGUUGCGGUGCCGUUACAGGCCGGUGAAGCCUCCAUAAGCUGUCUGGGCCUUAGGUGGUACAACCUUAUCUCAUAA